AUGUUAUCAACUCGUAAUUUGUGUUGCUUCUUUGCUAGAUGUUCAAGGAAAUUAAGGCGAUGGUGUUCAACAUCUUCUAACAAUAUUACUUAUCGUAUGGGUCUAAAUCCUUUCGAAAAUCAUGCAAAUCAAACUGCUAUCAUUCUCAACUGCACGACUAGGUUGACUUAUGGGGACUUGUCAAAGCGUGUGGGUUCGAUGGUAGCACUACUGCAGUCAGUAUUCGGCAUAGACCGUGGCGAUCGAGUACUAUGUCGUCUCGAGAAAUCUAUCGAUAGUUUAAUACUCUAUUUAGCAGUUUUGCGACUAGGAGCUAUAUAUGUACCUUUAAACCCAGUUAAUACGUUGUCGGAAACCAUUCAUGUUGUCGCGAAUAGUGAUCCUCAUUUAUUUGUUAGCUGUAGUAUACAAUAUGAUAAUGUUUUUACGAAUAAGGUGGAACAUGUCAUAGAUGCUGGUCAAAUAUUCAGAGAAAGUGAAGCACAGAAACCUGAUUAUGGUGUGGAAUGCGUAAAACCUGAUGACAUUGCAUGUAUUUGUUAUACUUCGGGAACUACAGGCUUACCAAAAGGUGCGAUGUUGAGUCAUGGUGGUCUUACUUGGAAUGCCGAAACACUAGUAGAUGCGUGGCAGUUCACCCGUAAUGAUAUAUUACUUCAUAUGCUUCCAUUCUGUCAUGUACAUGGAUUAUUCAUAAGUCUCAAUUGUACAUUUUUUUCAAAAUCCAGUAUGGUUUUCAGGCCAAAAUUUGAUGUCAAUGAUGCUUUGAACUGGUUACCUCAGUGUACUGUUAUGAUGGGUAUUCCAACAUACUUCAGCCGUUUGAUGCAAAAUAAAAAUUUCGAUAAGAAUAUGACGAAAAAAAUACGACUAUUUGUGUGUGGAAGUGCUCCUUUAUCUACAAUUCUGUGGGAGGAUUUUAGAAAUCGAACUGGGCAUGAAAUAUUGGAGCGUUACGGAAUGACAGAAGCAAAUGUUAUAACAACAAAUCUUUAUAAUGAUCGAAGGCAAGGAUUUGUUGGAAAAGUUUUACCUGGUGGCAAAAUUCGUACAACUAAAGAAGGUUCAAUACAAAUUCAGCUUCCAAGUUUGUUUUUGGGUUAUUGGAAAAAUGAAAAUGAAACACGAAAAGUUUUUACUGAAGAUGGAUUUUUUGAUACUGGAGAUAUUGGUAGAAUUGAAGACGACGGCUUCUUAUCGAUACAGGGUCGUGCAAAAGAUUUAAUUAUUAGUGGUGGAUUAAAUGUAUAUCCAAAAGAGGUAGAAGAUGCUAUAGAUUCUCUACCUUAUGUUGUGGAGUCUGCUGUCAUAGGUGUUCCACAUCGGGAUUUGGGAGAAGCAGUUGUAGCUUUAUGUGUACCAGAGUCAGGAAUUCAUGCAUUUUUACACGAAUCAGAAGCUAUCUGCACUCUUCGUGCCAAACUGGCCAACUAUAAAGUGCCAAAACGUUUUCUUUAUGUUGAUGAAUUGCCUCGAAAUUCAAUGGGAAAAGUGCUGAAGAAUGUUCUCAAACAGCAGUGUCGCAGUUUGUUUUAG